UUUCAGUUGAAGAGCCAUUUCAGCUACGGUUGUUCUUGUGAAAAUGGCAUUAUUCGACAUUUAGAUAUUGCUUUAUAGUGUGUUUUUUUCUUCAAUUUAAAGACGGUCUUGUUGAGAAGUAGUGGAUGGUAGUGUAAAAGACCAACUUUCCUUGUAUAUUGUGAUUUAUUUGUUCUUGUUUACGUUAGGGUCUUCUGGCUGACGACAAUUAGAUUGGUACUGUAGCUAGCUAGUUAUCUCGGUGGUAAAAUGGCGGCGAAUACGACCCAGACAGCUCCAGCUGCUAACUGGUCGUAUGGCGCAGCAGCAGGUCCAGAGGGCCAGACAGUCUCGGAAAACCCAGAGUGGGAGAAGGCCAGACAGGCACUGGCCUCCAUCAGCAAGACCCAGAGCGCCACCAAGACCGCUCAGGCCAACCGGACCACAGCACAGGCGGGUCAGUUUCAGCCUGCAGUAACUGAGUCCACAGCCAUACAGCAGCAGCAACAGCAGCAGUACUACCAACAGUGGUACCAACAGAACCAGCAGCAGCCGUAUCCUGGGUACACCUACCCCUACAAUUACUACUACCCCAUGGCGCCGGGCCCCUAUGGUGGUGGUGGCUAUCCUCCUCAGGGCCAGUAUGGUGUACCUCCAGGACCUUACCCCUCUCCCACCACUCCAACUGAACAGCCUCCAUCCCUGCCCGUGAUGGAUGACCAGUCCUCCAGCUACCCCUCUCAGCCACAACCCCCUCCUCCUGCUGCCCCUCAACCACCCCCCCAGAGCCCCACCAGCUCUGAGCAGCCCCCACCCCCCCCUCCCCCAGCCAUCCCUCCCAACUCCCAGUACCCCCUUCCUCCAGGGCAGAACUCCUACAACCCCAUGCCCUACCCCAACAACGACCCCAAUCAGAUGAGAGGUUACAACCACAACCAGGGCAGGCCCAGCUAUGGGCAGAGCUACCACACUCAGAACUCGUACCAGCAGCAGCAGAAUAACAACCAACACCAGCAACAAGGACAGGGUCAGUAUGGACCAGGAGCUGGGAGAGGAGAGGCCAACAAAAACAAGAACCAUCAACAACAACAACAGCCACAGCAACAAGGACAGCAGCUCUGGCACCGCAUGAAACAGGCACCUGGAGCAGGUGCGAUGAAGUUCAACAUUCCCAAGCGACCCUACGUCAUGACCAAUCAGAGUUUCCCUCCUGGGGAACAACUCACCGGAUUGGCUGCUACUCCUUCCUCCCCAGCUGCUGCUCCUGCUGCACCUGGCGGUGCCCAGACACGGCCCCAGGACUGGCCCCAGGCGAUGAAGGAGUAUGUUCAGCGCUGCUUCACAGCCUGUGAGAAUGAGGAGGACAAGGACCGCACCGAAAAGGGGCUGAAGGAGGUCCUACAGAAAAGACUACAGGAUGGGUCUGCCUACACCAUCGACUGGGACCGCGAGCCUCUGCCUGAACUGAAGGCCAAGCAGUCUCGCUGGGAGGCUGUACCCACCCAGAGGACUCUGGAGAGUUCUGUGGGUCGUGGUGGGGUUACAGGUGGGGCUACGCGUGGCAGGGGUGGUGGGGCCAGGGUGGGGCACUACAGGAACGUCUUCUCCCAGAGAAGCCCCUCAUCCAGCUCCUCAGGCUCCUCCUCUCGCUCCCCCUCUCCCUCCCACAGCCGACACAGGGACCGCAAUGGCCAGAGACACAGACGCAGUGACUCUGAGUCCCAGUCGGACAGCAGCAUGUCCAGUGACCUCCGAACCCAGCUUCCCCGGCGCAACCAGAAAGGAGGGCGUGGCCGUGGGGGCGACAGGGACCGAGGCAGAGGGGGUGGAGAGAGGGGACGAGGAAGGGGCGGAAGAGGCAACAGAGGACGGAGAAACAUGGAUGACGCUAACUCCACCGUCCUGGGCAAGAAGAGGAAAGGUGGGAACGCCGGCCUGGACUUCCACGACCCCCACCGGGAGGCCAAGAAACAAAGCCGAGCGGCACGCUUCCACAACACCAAGAUGCGCUCAGAGCCCCUGGUGCUGUCCAUCAACAACCUGGAGCUGCCCAAGGAGGACCUGAGCUGGGACGACUGCCCCAUCGUGGGCACCUGCCAAGAGAUCACCAAGAUCUACCUGAGACUCACCUGUGCCCCCGACCCUGCCACCGUGCGUCCCGUAUCUGUGCUGAGGAAGUCUCUGUUGGCCGUGAAGGCCCACUGGAAGACCCGUCAGGACUACCCCUACGCCUGUGAACAGAUGAAGUCCAUACGACAGGACCUCACAGUCCAAGGAGUUCGUACAGAGUUCACAGUGGAAGUAUACGAGUGCCAUGCACGCAUCGCUCUGGAAAAGGGCGACCACGCAGAGUUCAACCAGUGCCAGAUGCAGCUGAAGGCCCUGUAUAAGGACAACCCGUCAGAGAACAUAGGGGAGUUCACUGCUUACAGACUACUCUACUAUAUCUUCACUAAAAACUCUGGAGACAUCACGACUGAGCUGGUGUACCUGACUGCGGCGCUGCGGGCGGAUGAGUGUGUCUCCCACGCUCUCUCCCUCCGCGCCGCCUGGGCUCUGGGAAACUUCCACCGGUUUUUCCAGCUCUACCGGAGAGCCCCACGCAUGGCAUCCUACCUCAUAGACAAGUUUGUAGAGAGGGAGAGGAUGAUCGCUCUCAGGGCCUUAUUCAAAACAUUCAGACCAGACUUGCCGGUGGAGUAUGUGCAGUCCAGUCUGGGCUUCCUUUGUUUAGACUCUUGCAUGGCCUUCCUCACAGGCCUGGGGGUCACCUUCUUCCCCUCUGACCCCAGCAAGAUAGACUGCAAAACCAGCUCAGCCUGUCUGGCAGCCUCCUGAGGGGGUGGGGGGUUUACCAGGGAGGGGGGAAAGCACACUAAAGGGAGAUACUGAGAGAUAGACAGGGUCAGGAAUGUACCCUACAGUUCUUCUGCACUACACUUCAGGAGGGAGACUAGUAGUUAAACUGAAACUACAAUUUAGUCCUGUAGAAAGAGGGAGAUAUGCACUAGGGCGCACUAAAUCACUUAAGGCUGAAAUUCAGUGAGGAUCCCACCCACAGAUGCGCUGUACUCACAGAUAUGGACUGUAUAACAAGAGUGGGGGAGAUUAUCUGCAUACAUGCUGCACAUCAAAUACAUUUAGAAUAGCUUAGCCCCACAUCUCUGAUCAGCUCAAGAUAUUAAUUAUACCUUCGACUUAGAACGUUUUUAUGACGAACAGAUGAUGUUAGGCAUUAGUUCAAGUUAAGACCUGAAGAUCAAGCGCCAACUCACACAGAUCAGGGAACAGCGUAGCCUCAAGGUCUCCCUUCCACUAUCGCUCUCAGAAGUUUUAAGCUAACAGUGUUCUGUUAUGUUUUUCCUUCCCUCAAGUCAACAGCCUCAAACUCAUGCGAAGACAAGACUUGAGAACCCAAGAGAGAGAUGGAAACGAAAUGAGCUAAAGUCAUCCCUCAAGCCCUCAUCCAGCAGGCUGCUCAUCCACUCCAAAACCAAACCAUCAACCAGAGAAGAGGUUUGUCUGUUCAGGUGUUCAGCUCUAGAGACUGUGCUAGCCCUUUGCUGCUUUCAGGAAGCCUUCGUGAUCCAGCGUCCAAUCCGGGAGAGGAGGAGAUGGUGGUUUGUAUGUCCUGCCCCCCCCCCCCCCCCUCCCCCAAGCUGUCUACGAUUGGCAAUCAGGUGGGGAAAGUUACCCCCACUUCCUGUUCCUGCCUAGCCCUGCACACUUGUCACCCCUGAAAGGUAUUGACUGAGAAAUCUGAAGGUUCUGAUUGGCUCCUUGCCCAGGUUGGCCACAUCCAUCCUUACCCCACAGUUGUCUGCUACCCACAAUCCCCUGCUUCACCAUUCAACAGUCGUCACCCAGAGUUCACCAAAGUUUGACCACAAAGUUUACAUCCCAGUUAUAUCUGCUCUCUAAUAUAGUAGAUCUCCAAGCCUGGCGUCCAGUCCCUUCUGGUAGGCAUUGACUUAUAAAGUGUGAUGGUGGAUACAGUCCCCUAAUCUUUACCAAGAAUGGCCUCUGCAAUCCCUCUGUAUGUGUCCAGGAGGCAGGAUAUCCACCUAUAGUCCAUCUAUCCCCUGAGAGCAGACAAGGAGGCAGUCUCCCACCCCUUAAGAGUACCAAAUAACCAAGUUGAGGCUCUGAGCGAACCUGUGGUGUUUCCUGAGUUAGCCGAUCAACAGCCCCCUCAGCAGCAUGGAAUAGCAGUCGUCAAGCACUCCCACCACACAGGAAGAAGUCAGCUCCAUCAAGAUGGUGCAAAGUCUCCACCUUCAAAUAUGGUGGCUGGAUCAGUUCCGCCAUACGGAGAUGAGAUCGCUGUCUGUGCAGAUGGUGGCAACGUCUGGGUUUGUAUGCUCCACACUCCGUUCAAUAAGGCUGAGUAUGUAUGUAUGGCUGGUAAGAAAAAGGACUCUUGGUGUGCUGGAAGGAGGUGGAUGACAGCACAGCAAAGACCACCUGGUAUUCACUAUUGGCUCAUUCACAAACACUAACCAUUGGUUUGGGUUAAGGUGUAUGAUAUCAAGUCUAUGGUAAUUGCUUAAAUUCCAUCCACGUGAUAGUGUGUCUGAAAUUGUGAUAUAAAAUGAAGGUUGCCAGUAUUAACCCUUGGGGAACACCCCUAAUUUGCAAGACAAUGGUGAAGCCAAACUGUCAAAUUAUGCAGGUGCAGAUAGAUACCUUUUAAACCUGAAUUUGUGUAACUCCUCAAUUGAAAAUUGCCAUUCUGCCACAAAACAUUAAUUUAGGACAUUAAUGUUGACGGCUAAAGCAUACAAGACUCUGCUUAUCAAAUGUUUGUAAUCAAAUAAUCUGCUUAUAUAUUUAACGCUAAGAAAUCACCAUGUGAUAUUUUUAAAACCCCAUUGCAGACAUUUUGGUUUUCAGUAAAGGCAGGUGAGAGUGAAGGAUUGUAGAGUAGUUAUUUUGGGGUCCUAUCCAGCAGUUAUACAUUAGGCUACAUCCCUGUGUAUACUCUUGAUAAGAUCUGAAGCGAGGAGACUAGUGUGGAGAGUUAAUUGUAAAUCAACAUAAUUGGCAAUACAUAAAUAGAACCUAGAAAUGGAACAUGAGUUUGUGAUAUCAGUUGAUCUAAUAUCAGCAUAUUGUUGUUUUCAGGCAUGACCUUAAAGAGUAUUAACUCAAUUCACAUCAAAGAUUGAGGUAUUUUAGUGAGUUCAGUGCCAUUGCGGAGAUAUCAAAUUUAUUUGUCACAUGCGCUGAAUACAACAGGUUCAGGCUGAAAUGCUUACCUACGAGCCCUUUCCCAACAAUGCAGAGUUAAAAAGUAAGACAAAUUAUAUAAAUAAAAGGGAUUUGGUAAGACAAUAAAAAAAACUAAUGAGGCUAUAUACAAGAUAGGACUCUACUUUCAGGAUGAACAGAAGUCUGUGCUGUAACAAAUGUCCUGUGUGCUCAUCCAUAGAGUAGAUGUGUCAGUAUCUAAUGUACAUGGUUGUGGAUUCAGUUGGCCUUUUUUCUUCUCAGUAAUUAUUCAUUGGUAAUUUUGAUAUGUUUUAUGUUUACCAGGGCAAGUGUAAUUUUGACAGAAACGUAUAUGGUGAAUGAGAAGCUGAAGCAUUUUAGAUAUGGGUAAUAAACACUUAAUUCUUUAAGACAAUUGAUGUGAAUAUGUAAAUUAUAAUUACAAAUCUAAAAAGUUGGAUGAUUUGGAAUACAUUGCCUGUUUUUGAUAUUGCCGUGGAUUUAAAUGGGGAAUUAAUAGUAACUGCUUUUUUGUAGUGCAAACACUGGCGUGAUUUCUACCCUAUAUUUUUGGCCGCUUAUUCAAUAAGUGUGCAGGACAGAAGGUUUAUAUUUUGGGCUUUUACGGGGAUUGAAAAUGGGAUAUUUGCUGUAUAAACCAAAUAUUUUUCUUGCCAAAUUUCCCUUAGAUAUGCACACUUGGUUGACCACUUUCAUUUCUUACUCAUUUUUUAAAAUGCUCAUCUUCUGUAAACCCAUUUUUCUUUUUAGAUUUUAUUUAAUGCAUUUCUGUCAUCUCAACCUUUCUGGCUAUCUGUACUCAUGAACCCCUUAGAGCAGUGGUAUUCAAAGUCAGCAUCGUGACCCAUGAGGGAAAUGCGAAAACAUUCAUAGGUCAUACUGUAUGGGACAAUAUAGAAAUGUUUUUGAGAAAAAUAAUUUGAAAAAUCCAUUUUUAUUGAGUAAAUGUAUUUAUUGGUUUAUUUUAAUUUCGAUGAGAUGAACAUGUAAUGAAUUGAAGGUAUAUAUUUUUUAAAGGGUGUCAGUGGGUUUGGAAAUUCUUCCGGCCAAAAAAAAUUGUCCCCAGAAAUUCUGGUGGAAAAAAUGGUGUCCCUGCUGAAAAGGUUUGAAUAUCACUGCCUAAGAGAUAAGUAAUGUACUAAAACCACCACACAACAUCCUGAUGGCAAGAGAAAGGUUUGGUUGAAGGCACUGCACUCCCAUCAGCCAAGAAACAAACUGUUACUGUGUGUGUUUGUGUUGCUCAAGUCUCCCGUUUGUCAAUUUCUUUGGAAGUAGUUUGUCAAAGAGCAAACCCAGACCUGUUUCAGAUUAACAGUGACUUGGCUGGUGUGAGUCAGUGUUUUGAUAUGGUAACAUAUCAAUAUGGUACCGUCAUUAUGUUAUUAAUAUUCUUAAUGAUUGGAUUGAGAGCCUGUGAGAGAGAGAGAUUUAUAUGACAUGACUGCAGGAUCAGUUUCAAUAUGAAUGUCUGGAUGAGUGAUCAGUCUUUUCAGCAACCCUUCUACCCAUUUAUAGAUACCUUUUUCAUUUGACUGGCACUAUUUUGUGUGAUAUGUGCUCUUGUUUCGGGUCACUUCGGUCAUUAAUUUCAGAAGUUGUACUCAUGACUCAACUUGUCCCUUCUCUCCUCAUCUUCCUAUCCUCUGUCCAUCUUUACUUUUCCCCACUCCCUUCACCAGUCCUUUUCUCUUAUUUUUCUUCUUGCAGUACUGCAUUACAGGAGCAAAAGGAAUGUGAAAAGAGCACCACCUCCCAGCCUCCAGAAGCAAGCUGGAGAGAGGGAAAAGUGUGAGAAAUGGAAGACUUGAUACUGCCAACUCAAGUUCAAGCCAUUUUGUCAAUAUGACCUGAAAUGUUGUGUUGUCUUAUACAUGGGAGCCUGACUUCAAUUGUUUUAGUCAAGUCUUUUGAAUGUAUUUUAUUUGACUAUUCUUAACUUGAAUCAAGAAAAUAUUCAAUGUCAGAUUUUCUCCCCCUCUAGUUUGCCAGAAACAAUCUAUAGUUAGGAAGGUUUGCCAGAAAUCUGUCUAUAGUUAGGAAGGCCUAUACCUCUAAACCAUCAUGUGUUAAUGUAUACUGUUUGUCCAGAAACAUUUGCAUGCGUUCUUGUUUUUCAUAACCAGGGUGUUCCCUAGAAAUUGCUUUGUCAUUAUGUCAACUUCUCAAGUACAGAUCAAUAUUUGGUAAGGCAACCUUUUUUUGUCAGUGAAUUUUUGGCGUGUCUAACCUCGAUGCAUUUUGUCAGCUGCCUCAUGUGGUCUACCUGUAAAUUAAUUUGCCCGCAUUUGGUAUUUGUCGUAAUACAAUGGGAGUUAUUUUAACUUGGAAACACAUUCAUAAGUAUCUCUAGCAUGUAAACUACUUUUUGGGAUUUGAAAUGGAUCUGGACAUACAGCAUACAAUUUCCAUUAUAUCAAGGAAAAUACUCUAUUCCAUUCUAGAUAUUUUUUUUCUUAUCUGCUUAUAUUUGGCCACAUUCUUGUCAGUUUUGAUUAGUCCGGUAGUAGUUGGCUCCCAUAUCAGAAUGUUGCUCUGUACCUUUCCUAAACAGGAUGCUUUUCUGUCUUGUCUCUGUUGAUUUCAGACACCUCUUCAACAGUGAAGUCAAGUUCAUGUAGCGUGCUAUCUCCUGGUCAGAUGUUUAACAACGCAGAACCUCUCAUAUCUCACAUUGAUGCUUUAGUUCUGAUAAAAAAAAUCUGUUCAAUGACAGUUUAACUGUACAUUUCCAUUUAACUAACAAUGCUUCUCCUUUUUAAAAUGUGCUGCUCCUUCUCUUACUCUUUCAACUGUUCCUUCUGACACCUGUGGGUUUGUUUUUUCCUCUUGAACUUCAUCAAUGUGUAACUCCUGCCUCCAUAUGUCCUAUUAGACUGCACUUGAACAAUUCCCUUUUCUUACUUCAGCCUGAUGCAUCAGUUCAUUUUUAAUUCUUCACUGUCUUUAGUGGAUUUGUUCUGUUGCUCCUUUUCUCUCUUACCUGCAUGUGUCCCUUCUAUCAUCUCCUUUCUCCACCCUCUUCAUGUUGAGUAUCUGUUUGCUAGUGACUAUUGUUGCUGAGUAACUAUCCAUUCUCAGUAGUAAGUAUUGCUUCUACGCUGCUCAGGUGGUUUGUUGCAGCUAGCUGGAACUAAAGGAUAUACUUGCAAAAUAUCCCUCCUCCCCAGUCUCAACCCUCCCUGGAUUGUAUUUGAAAUGAAAUACUCCCGUUUUGUAAAUACUGUGUACAUAUGUAUUUUUUUCUUGAACCUAAUAAAAUAAAAGUUUAGAAAUAA